AUGUCAGGUAAGAGGCGAUUUCUCGAGCACUCAAAGGACGGGGUGAGAGAGCACAGCGUUCUCUCUCGCCUCUACCUGGAACUCGAGGGUGUUUUUUUUUGUGCAUCGUGGGCAGGCACUGUCUCAGAGAUUGCACAAAACAUAGCUGACUCGGGGUUCCUUUUUCUAUUUGCAGCCUCGCACCGAAACCAUGGCUUUUCCCACGCCCACGCUCACGCUCACGGCGACCAUGCUUCUCGCUCCACUUCCAAUUCCCCUCCCAUGAUCGGACGCGCCAUGAACGACUCGGACGGCGACUACGAAGAAGAGCUCGGCGAAGAGCACCAGACCUUCCUCGACGACGAGGGCGACAACACGACGGCCCCGGACAAGGCUGGCAGUGGCAACCGACCACCCAGAGCAAGCUUUAGUGUCGGCGGCGAUGUGACGCCGGUCGACGAAGCACCAGCAGAAGGCACGCUCGAGGUGCUCGAGGUGUCCUCCGAAGACGAUGCGGAAGACGUCACUGUCCCUGCCACGGCCGCCACGGCACUCCAAGAGGGCAUGCUGCCGCGGGACAUGCCGAAACGAAGCGCCUAUUACGACCCGAUUGCCGACCGCCAGAUGAGCCAGAGCGAUGCCAAGCUCUUUUACCAGCUGAGCCAGUUGGACCUGCAAAAGAGUGCCGCCGCCCAGCAGCAGAUGCAGCAAUUGCAGCAGUUGCAGCAGCUGCAACAGGGACAGCAGCAAACCACCACCGCUGCCAGCCCUGUCCUACCAGGCGGCGCACCACCAGCAAUGGGGAAUGGUGACGCAGGUGGCAUGCCGCUGCGAUCGCCUCUGGGUAGCAAUGCCCGCGUCUCUGACCCCCUCCCGCCCGCUCCGACGUCUGGGGGCCUAGGCCAUCACGGCGUCAGCUCGGGUGCCAGCGGCGCGGCCGUGGAUGCGCAUGACGGUGCGUCGGUCAGCCUUCACGCUGUCGACGGAUCCGUCCUGGGUGGCCAUGUGGGCGGUCGCAGUGCCGUGGGUGCCGAUGCUGGUCCCGACGUCUUCAGUGCAGGCCUGUCGUUUGGCAUGGCAUCCGAGGCGGCGGCGGCUGCUGCUGCAGCUACGGCCACAUCCGGUCCUUCGGCGCUGAACAUUGGCGAGCCGGCUGGCAUUGGCAGCACCUCCUACGCCGACGCGGACCCGCAAAUCACGUCUGAGCUCACAUCCAUCUUCAAGAACAUCCAAAAGAUCAUCGACCUGCGCCACAAGUACAUUCGUCUCUCGCUCCAGGGCCCGAUGGACAACCCCAAGGACGACCCCAGCUGGACCAUCUACCCGCAGCCACCAGAGCCGGUAUGGACUGCGGACCAAGAUGCUCCAGGCGCCACGGCUGGCGCCACGGCCAGCGGCACGCGGGCUGCGAACAGCGUCAACAACAGCCUUUCGAAUAGCAUGGUCUUGCCCCAGCAGCAGCAGCAGCAGCAGACAGAUACGCCCAAGAAGUCGACCAAGAAGCGGAAGCCGGGCCAGGACAUUGGCGAGGACUUUGACAUGGAGGACUUGGGCCCGCUUCCGAGCGAGAGCGAGCUCACGUACCGCCUGGACGACAGCGGCGUGUACCAAGUGUUUGAGAACGACAAGGCGGCCGCUGCCGACACGCCCAUUGUCAGCGUGCCGACGCUGCGCGAGUUCUACAUGGACUUGGAACCCAUACUGAACGUGUCGGCCGACGGGCCCAGCAAGAGCUUUGCGUACCGGCGACUGCAGUACCUGGAGGGCAAGUUUGGUCUCUACACGCUGCUCAACGAGUACCAGGAGACGGCGGAUACGAAGCGGGUGCCGCACCGCGACUUUUACAACGUCCGCAAAGUCGACACACACGUUCACCACUCGGCCUGCAUGAACCAGAAGCAUCUGCUGCGCUUCAUCAAGAGCAAGAUGAAGAAGUGUCCGGACGAGGUCGUCAUUUUUCGUGACGGCAAGCACCUCACGCUCGCCGAGGUGUUUGAGAGCAUCAACCUCACGGCCUACGAUCUCAGCAUCGACACACUGGAUAUGCAUGCGCACAAGGACACCUUCCAUCGCUUUGACAAAUUCAAUCUCAAGUACAACCCGAUUGGGGAAUCGCGCCUGCGGACCAUCUUCCUCAAGACCGACAACGACAUUGAGGGCCGCUACCUGGCCGAGAUCACCAAAGAGGUCAUCUCCGACAUGGAGUCCAGCAAGUACCAAAUGGCGGAAUGGCGCAUCUCCAUCUAUGGCAAGUCGAUCCACGAGUGGGAGAAGCUGGCCGCCUGGGUGGUCGACAACAAGCUCUUCUCGCACAACGUGCGCUGGCUCAUUCAAAUCCCGCGCCUGUACGACGUGUACAAGGCAACGGGCCUGAUGGCGUCCUUUGAGCAGGUCAUCGCGAACGUGUUUGAGCCGCUGUUUGAGGCGACCAAGAACCCGCAAAAGUACCCCAAGCUGCACGUCUUCUUGCAGCGCGUGAUUGGCUUCGACAGCGUCGACGACGAGAGCAAGGUCGAGCGCCGCCUGUUCAAAAAGUUCCCCGUCCCCAAGGCGUGGAACUCGGGCCAGAACCCGCCGUACAGCUACUGGAUCUACUACCUGUUUGCCAACAUGGCCACGCUCAACGCCUGGCGCAAGCAGCGCGGCUUCAACACGUUUGUGCUGCGCCCGCACUGCGGUGAGGCCGGCGACAGCGAGCAUCUCGCCGUGGCCCUGCUGUGCUCGCACAGCAUCAGCCACGGUUUGCUUCUGCGCAAGGUGCCGCUUCUCCAGUACAUUUACUACCUGGAGCAGAUUGGCAUCGCCAUGUCGCCGCUCAGCAACAACGCGCUGUUCCUGGCCUACGAGCGCAACCCGUUCCACCAGUACUUUAAGCGCGGUCUCAAUGUGUCUCUCUCGACGGACGACCCGCUGCAGUUCGCCUUCACCAAGGAGCCGCUGAUCGAGGAGUAUGCCGUCGCGGCGCAGAUCUACAAGCUCAGUCCCGUCGACAUGUGUGAGCUGGCCAAGAAUUCGGUCGUGCAAAGCGGCUACGAAUUUGCCAUCAAGCAGCAGUGGCUCGGACCCGACUUUUACAAGCCUGGCAUCGCCGGCAACAUGAUGGUCAAGACCAACAUUCCCGACCGGCGGCAGCACUUCCGCUACAGCACACUGCGGGAAGAAUGGCAGAUGUAG